AUGCAGAGGUAUCCAGAUCAACGGUCAAGAUCUGCCAAGCCCGUCACCAUUCAUGGCUACGCUCAGUCUGGGGACCUUCUUGGGUUUCAGAAGCUGCUCCGGGAAAACCCGUCUCUUCUAAACGAAAGAAAUGCCGUUAUGGCACAAACUCCACUUCAUGUUUCUGCUGGUUACAACAAGGCUGAGAUAGUUAAAUUUCUUCUUGAUUGGCAAGGGCCAGAUAAGGUUGAGUUGGAAGCCAGGAACAUGUAUGGAGAAACACCAUUGCACAUGGCAGCUAAGAAUGGAUGCAAUGAUGCUGCACGGUUGCUUCUUGUUCAUGGUGCUUUUAUAGAAGCCAAAGCAAAUAAUGGAAUGACACCAUUACACCUUGCUGUGUGGUACUCACUUCGAGCAGAAGAGUUCUCAACUGUCAAAACAUUACUUGAGUACAAUGCUGAUUGCAGUGCUAAGGACGAUGAGGGUAUGACUCCCCUAAAUCACCUUUCAAAAGGCCAUGAAAAUGGAAAGCUGCAGGCACUAUUACUGUCUCACUGUGAAGAGCAGAGGAGGAGAAGAGCAAUUGAAGCAUGCAGCGAAACUAAAGCUAAGAUGGAUGAACUGGAAAAUGAAUUAUCAAAUAUUGUUGGUUUGCAUGAGCUCAAGGUACAACUACGGAAAUGGGCAAAGGGGAUGCUUUUGGAUGAGAGGCGUAAGGCCCUUGGGCUGAAAGUUGGCACAAGGAGACCUCCUCAUAUGGCGUUUCUUGGCAAUCCUGGGACAGGUAAGACAAUGGUAGCUCGAAUUCUUGGAAGAUUACUCCAUAUGGUGGGAAUUCUACCUACUGACAAAGUAACAGAAGUACAGCGAACUGAUUUGGUUGGGGAAUUUGUUGGUCAUACUGGACCUAAAACUAGGAGGAAGAUUAAAGACGCAGAGGGAGGAAUUCUUUUUGUAGAUGAAGCUUAUCGACUAAUACCUAUGCAGAAGGCAGAAGAUAAAGACUAUGGUUUGGAAGCAUUGGAAGAGAUCAUGUCGGUCAUGGAUAGUGGAAAAAUUGUAGUCAUAUUUGCGGGAUAUAGUGAACCAAUGAAACGAGUUAUUGCUUCCAAUGAAGGUUUCUGCCGGCGUGUGACCAAGUUUUUCAAUUUUAGCGACUUCAGUUCCGAAGACCUAGCAAAGAUUCUCCAUAUCAAGAUGAACAAUCAAACAGAGGAAAGCUUGUUGUAUGGGUUUCAGUUACAUUCUUCUUGCAGUGUAGAAGCUAUUGCAGAACUGAUUCGAGGAGAGACAACAGAAAAGCAGUGUAAGGAGAUGAAUGGAGGUUUAGUGGAUACGAUGUUAGUUAAUGCUAGAGAAAGUUUGGACCUUAGGCUCAAUUUUGACUGUAUAGACACAGAUGAACUUAGAACAAUCACCCUAGAGGAUUUACAAGCUGGCCUUCGGAUUUUGUCACAAUGA